CAUGACAAGACGCGCAAGUGCGGAUACUUUACGGGAUUAGAAUAAUAUAAUUGCUUCAUACUUUUCAUUUUUAAACCGUGUAAAAAAAAAAAAACAAACAAGGCCGAGUAAAGUAGACAGCAUAUCCUUGUCUUUGGCUUUGUUCCGUUUUCCCUUCUCAACAACCUAUUGCUAUGGCAUCUCUCACUCGAAGAGAGAAGGAGAGAUGUCCCACAGCAGGGAACCGAAGGUAUUGGACAGAUGCGUCUCAAUGUAAAUCAUCCAGAUUUGACUCUGAGACUGGGAGCGGUACAGUACUACACGAGGACUGUCAAUCAACAGAUCGCCCCUCUCCAGAGGGUGCCGGGUCCAACGCCGACCCUCAUGGAGUUCCGUGGCCAAAAACGGAUGUCCCAUCCCGAGGGUCUCUGACGAGACCCUGCGCCGGAGGACCUGGGAUUACCAGUGGAUUUGAUACUGUUAGACCCCCCAUGGUGGGAAGUUGGAGCGUUCGGAAAUCUGACGGAAAAGUUAUUUGUGAGCAUUGCACCGCGACUGUGGCUGUGUUAAAGAUACACGCACGGAGCCUCGUCAUUCCUCAAUAUAUCUCAUGCAAGGACUCCACCUUGUCAGCCUAUCUCCACGACAACCUCCAAACCCACAGUGGUACCAUAGACGCCUGGGCUGUGGAGGACGAGCAGAGUGGCUGUGACGUCUGUGGUGCCCACCUGAGCCAGCUGAAGCAGGAGGCCAUCCACCUGAUCCUAGCCAGGGAGGAGCGUGCCAAGUGGGCCACUACAUCUCCCGCCAAGCCCCUUCCUGGAUCCACCUCCACCAAAGCAGCACCAUCUAGCCCCCACCUGUCACGCUCUGCCAGGACCCAUAGUUCCUCUGCCAAGCCCUCCCCUGGACCUCGAUCCACCACCUCCACAGCACCAUCUAGCCCCCGCCUCUCAGGCUUCACCAGGAGUCAAAGCACCCAGAAGACCCACCCUAGGAGGAUCCUGAAACCCACCCCAGCUCAGAUGGAGAGAUGGGUUGAGGAGCAGCAGCAGCUGGCCUCCUCCAUAUCAAUGUCCAGCAAUAAUGGAGUCACCAUCUUUCCCUGUCAGUUUUCAGAGGAGUUCUCAGAGGGACCGAAAGAGACUGUGGCUGUCCAGAGCAGUCCAAUGGCUCCUGCAAUUUUGUCCUUUCUGGUCAGGGCAGCCCAGAAACUGAGCCUGACGUCGAGGAGGAAGAGCCAAAUGUCUGCCCCCUCUCCCGUGUCUCCUCUCCCCCAUUACAACACCUGCUACAGGGGCAUCAUCCAGAGGUCUCCACCCACAGUCCCCACCUGCCUCCUUCAAGCUGCCAACCAACUCAAAGACGCACCCAACUUUGGCAAGGUCAAAGUGGUGCUGCGAGUCUGCCCCUCUCCCACCGUGCCCCCUUCCCAACCCCAGCCACCCAUUCUUAGGGUGGACCCAGCCAAGAGAAGGGUCACCUUUAUUGAUCCUACCACCAACCACAAUCAACAGCCACACUCCAACUCCACGCCGGCACACGCUGGGGAAGCCAAGGGCCACUCUAAGACAUAUGUCUUUGACGCAGCCUACCCCCUAGAGUCAACCCAGGCGGAGGUGUGUGUAGGUAUUCUGCCUGACGUCAUCCGUUCUGUGGUCAACGGGGCAGACGGAUGUAUUCUGUGUUUUGGACAUGGUGAAGCAGGGAAGUCGAACACCAUGAUGGGUAGUGAUAGCAGCAGCCAGAGUUUAGGGGUCAUCCCAUGUGCCAUCUCCUGGUUCUACAGUCACACAGAGAGGAGGAGGAGGGAGAGGACUGGGGCCAGCCUGGCUGUGUCUGUGUCCGCUAUGGAGGUCUGUGGGGAGGACGAGACCCUCAGGGACUUACUGUCAGGCAACCUCCAGGACAGCCCAUCAGCAGACCUUUAUCUCUUUGAGGACCCCAUCUAUGGAAUACAGCUUCGGCACCACAGUGUGGUAUCUGCCCCCAACGCCGAGAGAGCUGCCUUCCUGCUGGAUGCAGCCAUCGCAUCGCGCCACCGUGCCGGCGGCCCGACGAGUGGAGCUCGCAGUGACAUCACCACACCAUCGUCCUCCUCCAACUCCCAUAUGUUUUUUACUCUGCACGUCCAACAGCAGCUCACAGAGGGCAGCGGCAAAGUACCAGGGGGUCAUAGCAGGUUGAUCAUGAUAGACCUGGCUAACAGUAUAAAGGGGACCUGUAGAACCAGUGACAGCAGAACAGGACGUCCUGAGUCUGAACUGGGCAGUGUUAUACUGGCCCUACUCAACAAUGGAAACAAAAACAUCCCCUACAGAGAUAGUAAAGUGACCAUGCUGCUACAGGAGUCUCUGGGUAAUAUUAACUGUCAUACGACCGUGCUGGCCCAUGUGACUGACUCACCAGAACACUUCCCAGAGACACUCUCCACUGUCCAAAUUUCCUCGCGCAUUCGCAGGACACAGAAGAAGGCAAACUAUUCAACAUCCUGCUCUCCCAGUGGUAGAAGUCUGACUAGAGAGAGGAGUGGAGGGAGUAGUCCCUUCUCUCUCAGAGCGUUUCACUCUACCAAUGCUGUGGACUCUGACCUCAGUGACCUGCCCCAGCUCAGGCUCGGUGGCGAUCUGCUGGAUGACCACUCCAGCAGCAACCAGUGCUGUGACACGGUCAUCCACGUCAACCCCGAUGGCUCGGUCCAGCAGCCCAGUGCGGAGCUGACCCAGCAGGGCCAGGGCCAGCCGGAGUUUACCCCCAUUAUCCACUCUCUACACCAGAAUAAGGCUGAAGCGGAAUCGGAGGAUGCUGAGCUUUCUGCUCUAAAGAAAGAGCUAUUGCAGCACCUUCUAAACAUCAUGCCCAGACUGCAGGGAGAGAAGAAGAAGAAUGAGAGCAUCAUCCAAGAACAACUUCCUCAGAAUACAGCAGAAGUGGGCCAAUGUGAGAGGAACUUAAGUCUUAAGUGUGACACUUUCGCAGAGCUGCAGGAGCGACUCGGGUGCAUCGGCGUCAGCGAAACAGUUACCAAGUCAUCGUUAAAAGAACCGUCUGCCAUGACCGAGUCCCUUCCAGUCCCCCAAGAUGGCUUAGGCAGAACUGAGACUGUGGAGAAUACCUCCUUGAAACUACUGAAUAUGAAGGUGAAGUGGUGUGAGCUUUCCAUUGUGGGCGAGAAAGAGAGCCGGGUGACAGAUGGCAGUCUUCCGGUCGACAGUUUUCAGAGAGAGGACUCUGGUCUGUAUGACUGUGAGGAGGGAAGUGCAGCCAGCUCCAAAGAGGACCAACCAAACCCAUGUGGCUCUAUCAGUAUACAUCCAGCCUGCCAGAACCAAGGCAACCCCCCUGAGUACAGCUUUCUUCCACAGCACAGUGACAUCUACACUCAGAUCAGCCCGGUGCCAAGCUCUCAUCCUCCUCUGUCUCUUCUUCCUCUGCCUCUGGAGCCAGCUGGAUACCCAGGGAGGUCUGGCUUGCUGCAACACCAGACCAGGACCUCUCCGGCGGGCAAGAGCACUCCGAUAUCCCCCUCUCUCUCUCCAUCCCUCCUCUCCCCCUCAUCCUCCACCACCUCCUCCUUGGCUACCAGUGUUCUCCUAGGAGAGAUGAUCCUUCCCCAGCUUUCCAAGCAGCCUACUACAGAGUCAGACCUGAAGGAGAUGAAGGCCACCAUCACGGUCAUGGUCCAGCAGCCGUUGGACCAGACGGGUCAGGAUGAGCUGGUGUUCACCAUGGUGGAGGAGGUGACCAUCAGCGGGGCGCUGGAGAGAGGAGGCCGGGCAGGGAACAUCAUCAGGAUCAGGGAUGCCCACUCCUCCUCUGGCCAGGCUUCUUCAGGGUCAGUACUGGGUUCCCUUCCCAUCAGGAUUAUCAGUAACAUUAGUGAAGAUUCUACAGGUUCCACUAUCAAGGCGAUGGACCCUGCUACUACCACUAAGAUCAUGGCUGUGGAAGCCAACACCAAACCCAAAGCCAUGUCUUCUCUCUCCAGGGUGGAGAACCGGGUCUUGCCCUCCUUUAUAAACCCCUCGCUCGCUGACCUCAGUAGGAGUAGUGAUGCGGAGGGGUCUCGUCAUCGCCGAGGGGUUUCUAACACCCGUUUCACGCGAGCGGAUGCUUAUGCUGAACCCGAGAAGAGAGAUCAUCUAAAAGGUUCAGGAAGUAAAACGGCGAUGGAGACAGAAGGUGCGUUCUAUAUUACUGAGAGGAAUCACGAGAAGAAUACCAACGAGAGUGUUUUGAUGCCUUUCCCAGGUGAAACUAAUAGUAUUGCAUCAUGUGACACACAUGCCUGGGAGGAGACCGGUUGCUAUGAGAUGAUGUCAUUAGAGAAUAGGGCCAGAGGGAGGAGUGGUAACCAAGCAGAAAGGAGCUAUCCCAGAGGAGGGGAGUUCACCACCUGUUCCCUAACCUGUUAUGACCGGGUCUUACCUGUUCCAUCUUCCCUAAUUACUCCAAAGACACCAGGGGACAGUAGUGAAAGGAGCAGGAAUACACCAGAGAAUUGUAUCCCUGGUUACCUUGCAGCUACCCACCACAAAACAGCCAGUCUACCAAGAGGUUGGCAUAAUAUCAACAAGCAGGAGAGCUAUGUAAUGAGCGAGGAGUAUAAAGAUAAAGCCCCAGACGUUACAUCAUCCACCCCUGGUAGUCCCUGGGUGACCCUGGAGAGGAGGCCAUCCUCAGCCAGGCAGGGAAUCUUCUCCUGUGCCAGGGAGAGCCUCCCUCUCCCCUUCUCACCAGCUCGGAAGUACAGCCUGGAGCAGCAGCAGAGACAGAGAACUAGUAACAGUCCUCUCAGCACAGCCAGUAGUUCACCGUUGGAGCCCAAGCCAUCCACUCGGAGUGUUAGAUAUGAUAGCGGCAAGCUGGAAUCUCCCAUAGAGGAAAGCAGUAGGCUCUUCAGUGCUAAACUAGAGCAGUUGGCAAGCAGGACCAACUCUUUAGGUAGAAUACCACUAGAGUUCCACACUCUGGACCGAGGCAGUAGCCUAUCCUCUGUGAGCUCCAUGGGGAGCUCCAAGGGCUCCAAAGGAAGUUGGGAAAGGGAGUCCAGCCAAUCCACCCUAACCCGGGCCAGCAGGAGCCCCAGGAGGGCCCCUAGGUCCAUUCCCUUGACUGACAAAAACACCUCCUACACAGCCCAUUCUCCCAAAACCAACAAGUCAACCUUUAUAACUGAGCCCAACACCACCACCUCCACAGCCCUCCAGUCUCCUAGAACCAGCCGAUCUAAGCUCUCUGCGGUGGGGAAACUGAUGAUGACCAGCCCUAAGGUCCGCCGGAUAUCCAUCCCCAUCCCCAGUACCAAAAACCUCAGCUUCUCUCCCAAGGCGUUCCGUCAGUCCAUCAACAGGAGCGCCAGUCUGUCCCCUGAUGGGAAGAGAAAUGAGCAUGGUCCACCCUGGUCCACCCAGUCUCUAAGCCGAAACCAGACCCCCUCGCCCCAGACCCUACCACCACGCCUCAUAGCAAAGUCCCCCGUCCGGGUAAUCAACGGGCGCAUCUCAGAGCUCCUCCAGAUCGGCAGAGAGCCCUACCCCUCUGGUGGGGCCUCCGGAGGACUAGUUCUAGACAAGAUGGCAGCAGCGGCUGGAGCUGCCUGUAGAUCCAUGGGAGAGGUUCAUCCUGUUCACCCUGUACCCUCACCCUAUGCCAGGGUAACAGCGCCUCGCAGGCCCAACCACCUCAGCGGGCACGCCAGUGAUGUCACUAGUGUGUUGAGCGGGGAGCUGCCCCCGGCCAUGGGUAAGACAGCGUUAUUGACCAAUAGGAACAGCGUGGUGAGCAGUGGCUAUGAGAGCAUGGUUAGGGACAGCGAAGCCACAGGGAGCAUUACAUCCAACAGAGACUCUAUCAGCAAUAAGAGCUGUUCUAUGAUCAGUGUGGCCCGAAGUGAGAGGAACCCCAAAAGGAGGAGCAGCAACGGUUCACACCCGCGACAUCUGUCCAAUGGCAUGUCCCAAUCUCUGAGGAGGUCUGCCAGUGGGCCCAGGUCUCGCUGGGUGGACAGGGGAAUCUCAGAGGCCUACGAGAUCAAGGUCUAUGAGAUAGAUGACGUGGAUAGGCUGCAGAGGAGAGGAGGAGCAGGCAAACAGGGAAUAGCCUGCUUCAGUGCCAAACUCAAGUUCCUGGAGCACCGUCAGCAGAGGAUCGAAGAGGUGAGAGCCAAGUACAACAGCCUGAAGAGAGAGCUGGUGCUGGCCAAACAGAAUCUCAUGCUGGAGCCAGGGAAAUGGAACCAAGAGUUUGACCUGUGGCAGACGUUUGAGGUUGACUCCCUGGAACACCUGGAAGCGUUAGAGGUGGUCACGGCGAGGCUGGAGAGCAAGGUUAACCUCUGCAAGGCCAACGUCAUGAUGGUCACGUGCUUCGACGUCGCCACCAAGCGCCGGCAAGUGUGGAGACGCCGCCGGACAGAACAGCAGCAAGGAUUCAUGGGGAUUUAGUGUAAUUUUCUUCCCAUUGUUGUUAAUAGAUGUACAAAGAGAGAGAUUUACAAAGAAAGAGAAAAAGAGAUGUACAGAGAGAGAGAGAGAGAGAGAGAGAGAGAGAGAGAGAGAGAGAGAGAGAGAGAGAGAGAGAGAGAGAGAGAGAGAGAGAGAGAGAGAGAGAGAGAGAGAGAGAGAGAGAGAGAGAAGGCCAUUAAUGGAAUACCACCAUCUUUUUAUGCUUAUCUGAAUUCCACUUGAAAACAUACACAGGUAUUUGUAUUUCAACUCCCUAACAGUAGUGAGAAGUAUCACUCAGUGUUGACUUCUCCUGAAUAAGAGAGAGUUGAAUCAGCAUCUCUCUGAAUGCCACAGAGCACUCUCACUCCGAAUGGUGCAUGUUCUUCUGACACACGAUACAGGUCAAUAUUCACCGUUACAGUGGGUAUCAGAAGUAUUCGCCCCCUUGAAUUUUUUCUCCACCUUUUGUUACAUUACAAAGUGGCAUUGAAAUGGAUUUAACUGAUUUACACAAAAUAAUCCAUAAUGUCAAAGUGAAAAGAAAAUAGUGCAAAUGUUUACAAAUGAAUACAAAUGAAAUAACUGAAAUAUAGUUGCAUACGUAUUCCCCCCCUUUGUUUAGGUAAGCCUAAAUGAGUUCAGUAGUCAAAUUUGGCACAACAAAUCACAUAAGAUACAUGGACACACUAUGUGCGAAAGAGGAAUUGACAUGAUUUUUUAAUGACUACCCCUUCCUGUGUACCAACUCAGUGGCCUCACGCUAUAGAAACAGAAGAUAGGGUCCUGCCCUAUGAGCUGUUUCGUCUCGCACAAGGUAAGGAUACUUACUACCCCUUCCUCUGUCCCCCAUACAUACAACAUCUGUAAGAUCACUCAGUCAAGUAUUGAAUUUCAAGCACAGAUCCAACUACAAAGUCCAGCAAGGUUUUCAAAAGCCUCGUAAAGGAGGGUAGUGAUCGGUAGAUGGGUAACAAUAACAAAUCAAAUGAUUGAGUAUCUCUUUAAGCAUGGUCAAAUUAAUAAUUAUGCUGUGGAUUAUAUAUUAAACCACGCAGACGCAUCAAAGAUACAGUCGUCCUUCUGAACUGAGCUGCAGGACAGGAAUGAACCUGCUCAGGGAUGUCACCAUGAGGCCAUUGGUGAUUGUAAAGGAAUACACUUUUUGGCCUAAAUGCAAAGCCUUAUGUUUGGAGCAAAUUCAACACAACACAUCACUAAGUAACUGCCUCCUUAUAUUCAAGCACAGUGUUGGCUGCAUCAUGGUAUCACCCGGGGAUACUUGACAUUGGCAAAGACUAGGGAGUUUUUCAGGAUAAAACGUUUGCUGUGUAGCCAUGACCCCAACACCUUGACAGAGCUUGAAUGAUUUUGAAAAGAUUAAUGGGGAAAUAUUUCACAAUUCAGGUGUGCAAAGCUCUUAGAGACUAAGCCAAGCUGACUCACCUUUGUAAUCACUGCCAAAGUUGUUUCUAACAUGUAUUUAGUCAGGGGGUGAAUACUUAUCUAACGUAUAUGAGUGUUACAUUUCUCACACACGCACGCACGCACGCACGCACGCACGCACGCACACACGCACACACACACACACACACGCACACACACACACACACACACACACACACACACACACACACACACACACACACACACACACACACACACACACACACACACACACACUCCAUGAUGUCCGUUUUAUGAAUCCUAUUUACAGUAUCAGCAUGUCGUAUGUCAAGUCUUUAUAACCUACAUCUUCAUAUUUCUCUGCAUUUAUUAUGGUAUUGACAAAGGAUAAACUGUCCUAAAGCGGUUGUGUACCCCUUGUGUUUUGUUCGUUUCACCCGAGUCUAACGACUUGGUAUGAGAGCUGGAGGCUUGGCUUGUGUUGUUAUUAACGCCAACACGGAGUACACUGUUUUAAACGGUCGUUUGAGAAGGGUGACAAAACACUAUCACAGAGAACGACAGUAACACUGAAUCCCAAACGGAGCUCCAGCUCCUACCCCCCUAGGCUAGCUUGGUCCAACAUCGGUUUAAUCUCUAACAGUGGAGGCUGCUGAGGAGAGAACGUCUCAUAAUAAUGGCCGGAACGGAGCAAAUGGAAUGGCAUCAAACACCUGGAAACAAUGUGUUUUCUGUAUUUGAUACCAUUCCACUAAUUCCGCUCCAGUCAUUACCACGAACCUGUUCUCCCUAAUGAAGGUGCCUCCAACCUCCUGUGAUCUGGAAGGAGUUGGCAAGACCGCACAUACAGAUCUGGGACCAGGCUCCCCCGUGCACUCCGUCUGUCCCGUGGAUCUGAAAAGCCUGAAUAGGUCCAAGCAUUAUGGCAAAGAAUUCCACCUAGCCUAUCAGAAGACGAUGCAAUUACUACAUUGGUUAAACUGAGUGUAUAUGUUCCUUUCAUAUCUACAGGGUUUAACAGUCUAUUUGAGUCAAUUGCAGGAUGUUAAGUUUAAGCCACAUUAUUGUUAUAUGUUGCAAGCAGCUUAGCCAUUAGUGGAUGUCGCUACAAAUGUUUUCUAGUGGGAAGUUAAUGAGGAUGCGCAGUCAGCUGGAGUUCACUUCGAAAAGUCAGACUCAUUACACACACACUCCCUGGAUCGCUCCCCAUCCCAGCAUUUCCCUCUUUCUGCUCUACUUCACAGCCAUUUAGGACUCAUUGCAAAUCAUCCCAAAGAUAACAACGCAGAUGUGAACAGGACAAAUGUUUUUUUUUCAUAUUUAGAAAGGGCAGAAAGGAAGAGGGAAUUCAAAGGGUAAAUACUCCUCAGCUCUGGGUCUGCCUGUGUUUGACGUGUCACCACUUUGUCACAAUAGAAAUUGUCAACGUAUCUUUCUAUGAACCCACAGUGUCUGUUGGAUUUCAGACUUUAAAUGACCAGUUAUAGAAAUAUUGUCUACAUAUGCACAAGGGCUAUACUGUACAUAUUUUUAAAUAAUUAAUUGUACAUGGGACAGAGGGCCCUAAGGACUACCAGAUGUAUCAAGCAUAUGGGAGUAGGCUAGAAGAACCAGUGGUCACCCGUCAUUCAGGGCAGGUGGGGCCAACUGUUCUGAGCCUCACUUGUUUAUCUAAAUAGAAUUUUUUUCUUUGUUGCCUAUUUU